CUAACAUUAGCACGAGUCUAGUUCUUACUUCUGACGUUACCCUGCAAAUAUUUUAUUUUGUAACUUAUGGUAUUUCAGUGAUAUAUGCAUCGUUACGAUGUGUUUUCAUAUGCUUUAAGAGAGUAGUUAGCGCACUACAAAGCUAACAUUAGCUUGCACCACAAAGCUAACGGGAGGUUGCUUCGUAAGAACUAGGCUAUGACCUACAGGAACUUAUUUAGCUCCUGCUAGCCGGCUAUGUUAGCAUUCGUAGAAAAAGCUUGGCGAACCUUUAUCAUUUGCCUUCUUGCUUUGUUGGAAUUAUACAUCUGACUGUGGUAAACGUUUCAUCGUAGGAUUAUGGCGCCCCGCGUACAGCUUGAGAAAGCAGCUUGGCGUUGGGUCGAAACAGUGAAACCAGAAGAAAUAAGGCUGGAACAUAUCGAGCUAGCAUAUCGCAUCCGUCUCCCGGCCUGUAAGAGAGGAACCUGCAGGAGGAACUGCAAAGGAAAUCCUAACUGUCUUGUGGGUAUUGGUGAACAUGCUUGGCUGGGGGAGAUUGAUGAAAAUGCUUUCCACAAUAUCGAUGACCCAAAUUCAGAACGUAGAGACAAGAACACAUUUGUCGGCCUGACCAACCUCGGUGCCACAUGUUAUGUUAACACAUUCCUGCAAGUGUGGUUCCACAACCUGGAGCUGCGUCGGAGCCUCUAUCAGUGCCACAAUUUGCGAGCACAGGAACACAACAUUAAAUCUGAUUACGAGCCCCAGUCAAUCUGUGAGCAUCUGCAGUAUUUAUUUGCUCUUCUGCAAAAUAGCAACAGAAAGUACAUCGAUCCUUCAGGGUUGGUCAAAGCACUGGGCCUGGACACAGGACAACAACAGGAUGCCCAGGAGUUUUCAAAGCUCUUCUUGUCUCUGUUGGAGGAUACACUGUCCAAGCAGAAGAACCCCAGCCUGCAGAAUGUUAUCCAGCAGCAGUUCUGUGGACAGUUCUCCUAUGUUACCAUGUGUAACCAGUGUGGACGAUCGUCUGCACUGCCAUCCCGAUUCUAUGAGCUGGAGCUCAACAUCCAGGGCCACAAGAACAUCACUGAGUGUGUCACAGAGUUCUUGAAGGAGGAGAAGUUGGAAGGGGAGAACCGCUACUUCUGUGAGUGCUGUCAGAGUAAACAGAAUGCCACCCGGAGGAUCAGACUGCACAGCCUUCCUCCAACCCUCAACCUGCAGCUCAUGCGAUUUGUCUUUGAUAGACAAACGGGACACAAGAAAAAGCUCAACACUUUCAUAAGUUUUCCAGAGCAACUAGACAUGGGACCUUUCUUGGAAGGAAAACAAGACCAGAAGUGUGUUUAUGAGCUGAGUGCAGUGCUGAUCCAUCGGGGAAUCAGUGCCUACUCUGGCCACUACAUUGCUCAUGUGAAAGACGCUCGUACUGGCGACUGGUACAAAUUCAAUGACGAGGAAAUCGAGAAAAUGGAAGGCAAGAAGCUCCAGCUUGGUAUUGAGGAGGACAUCGCCGAGACAGUGAAAUCCCAGACAAGAAAGCCAAAGUGCAGUAAAGGCUACCACUGCUCCAGAAAUGCAUACAUGCUUGUGUAUAAGGUCCAAGAAGAGGAGAGCUUAGAUCCCUCUCGGACCAACGUUGAGGUGCCAGCUUUCCUUCAGAGGUUGGUAGACCAAGACAACCAUAAAUUUGAAGAGUGGUGUAAUGAGAUGGCAGACAUGAGAAAACAGAGCGUGGAUAAGGGCAAGGCCAAACAUGAAGAGGUGAAGGAGCUCUACGAGCUUUUACCUGCAAGAGACGGCGAGCAAUAUGAGUUUAUCCCCCUGGACUGGCUGAAGAAGUGGCUUGAUGACUCCACUGCCACAAAAGAAAUUGACUGCUCCUUGUUCCUGUGCUCUCACGGCAAGUUACAUCCGGACAAGGUGGGAGAUUCCAAGAGGGUUUCCCUGCAAGCUGCACAACUCCUUUACGAGCGUUACGGUGGAGGGCCAAGACUGGACGCCUCGUCUCUGUGCAGAGACUGUGUUAGCCAGCGAUGCAGAGUGCUUCGGCUAAAGAACCAGCUCAACGAAGACUUCAAGGAAGUGUCCAAUCUGGUCAAACGAACACUCAGUGGGGAGGGCUACUGGGUGGGCAAAGCAUCUCUGCGUGGCUGGAGGCAGCUGGCUUUGGAACAGCUGGAAGAGGAUGAACAUGAAACCAAACACAGCAAUGGCCAGACCAAUGGACAGGGACCACACACUAACAACAUCAAAGAGUUCGGCUCCGAGCUCUCAGAGGGCACAGAGGAGGAGAUGAAGACUUUUAAUGAAGACAUCAUCUGCAGUCAUGGAGGUCUGAGUAUUCUAGAGACGGAACGGAAGCUUGUAUCCUCUGACGUUUGGACCAAGCUGAGGGAAUACUUCCCCAAAGCUCCAGAAUUUACUCAAAACCAAGAACCCUGUCAGCAGUGUCUGACAUUAGAGCAGGAGGAGAAGGACAAUGAGGCUGUCAGUAAAAUGAUGGCCCUCGACCAGAAGAACCAGCUGCUCAACCUCUUCCAUGAGAAGAACCGGCCAACACUCACAAAGUGGCCCCAGGGUACAGAUGUACUUUACAUAGUCCCUCUGUUUUUUGUGGAUGAGUGGAGAAAAUUCAUCAGGAGGCCCACAAAAUCCUCUCCAGUGUCUAAUGUGGGCAACACUCUGCUGCUCUGUCCUCACGGAGGCUUCAUGUUCACCUACGACUCCCUGAUCAAUGGAGACGCACAACAUAUAGCUCUACUCUGGCCCAACGAAUGGGAUGUGAUCAGCAGACUCUUCAUUGUAGACCAGCCAAUCUCCCUCCACUGCUUCAGACAGACCACACCUACUGGUUCCACCACCCAAUACACCACCCAGCCUGAUCUGUGUUGGGAGUGUAGAGAGAGCUUCCUUUUCCAGCAGCAGAGGGACCUCAGAGAGUACACCCAAGCAACCAUCUACAUCCGCAAAGUCAUAGAAGACAAGAGGAUGGUAAAGGAGGCAGCUCCAGAGCUAAACGCCAGCAGCUCUGAGGCAGAGGAGGAGAAGGAAGAACAUCCAAAGCUGGAUGGAGAAAAAGACCCAGACUUCAGUCAGUCACAAGAUGGUGCAAAGCGACUAAAGUUGAGUGACAGCAGCACGCCAUCGACUGCUGCUGUUCCUGUGACCAAUGCGACUAAGCUAGGAGGGAUCAGGAGAAGCACCCGGCACAGGAAACUCCGUGGAGAGAAAGCACUCAUUGUUUCAGCUAAUCAGACGCUAAAAGAGCUGAAAAUACAAAUUAUGCAUGCCUUCUCUGUGGCUCCAUUUGACCAGAACCUCUCAAUCGAUGGGAAAAGUCUGACCGAUGACUUAGCCACACUGGGCAGUCUGGGCGUCAUCCCAGAAAGUAUCAUCUGUUUAAAGGCUGAUGAGCCAAUAGCAGAUUAUGCUGCGAUGGAUGAUGUCUAUCAGGUGAGGAUGCCUGAAGAAGGAUUUAAAGGCACUGGGCUUCUUGGGCACUAAGGACGGCUGUGCUGUGUACGCUUGAAUCGGACAGAUGGAUUUUUUUUUUUUUUAAAGCUUGAAUUUGUCAAGUGUCCAUAUAUAAAUAAGUGCUUUAAUUUGUGGGUUUUUUUACAUUUUGAGUAGGUUUUCUUUGAUAAAACUGUGACUAUGUUUUGCAAAGCCGCUGUUUUUCUCAAGAUAAAGUUAGCUGGCCUGUGAUAUUUAAAAUUCCCGACCAUUCUGAAGGACUCUGUGGUAGGGCUUCAGCCUCACUGAAGCAGCUAAAAUAAUUGUUGUAUUCUGGGGAUGGCCUCAAUUCUACUGUUAGUCAAGAAAAUUUAGUCAACUGUUUUUAAUUAUGGCAGAUGAAAAAAAUCAAAACAAUGGUCUUUCUAUUAUGUGGAAGCUUGUGUUCUCACUGCAACGUUUUCAGGUUUGUCAAAAAAAAAUGCACGAUUAACUAUAUUACCAAUAUAACUGCUCUUAAAUGUUAGAACAUUAAUUACCUCUACAGCAAAUCUAUACCCAUAUACUCCAUGUGGCAUUUAAAAUACAUAGCUACAAGGUAUGUACAGAGGCUGAGUCCCGCAGGUUUCAACAAUGUAAACCUCUCGACCUGGAAGUGAGAAACGGAAUACAAGCAGUGAUAUGUCCUUUCCUUUACACUGUUAUUUCUUAUGGAUAAUAAAGUUAUUUUCAAAGCA